AUGAACUCUACUACCACUGGCAGUAUGCAGCAGCAGCAGCAGCAGCAAGCAGAGUUCCAGGUUCCAGCUGAACAAAGCGCCCAGCAUGGUCAUCAUGAACAGGAUCAGCACCAAGGAAUGGAGUCCACCUUUCCUUCGGAACUGACCAUGUGCUACGAAACACUGAGUGUCAAGGAUGCCGACGAGAGAGCCGAUGGCCGCGUGGGGCAGAGCGGAGAAUCCCAGGCACGCAAGCACAUGGCCGUUCCUGUUUCUGCUCUGGAAGCGGCCGUAGAGAAAGGUAAGACUGUGCUCAGCGAACUCCUCGGGGUUUUCAACCAGUCCCAUGUCUCGACUGGAGAUACGGGCUGGCGGGACGCUAUCAGGGAACUGCUUGAAUCUGCUAGAAAACCGAAAGUCGUGAUUGGGGUGCUCGGGGCCACGGGCGCGGGCAAAUCGUCCCUUAUCAAUGCGAUCAUUGAUGAGGAGAGGAUGCUGGCGACGAACUGUAUGCGUGCGGCCACGGCGGUUGCCACCGAGGUCGCUUAUAAUGAUGGCCCCAGGCGAUACAAAGCGGAAGUUCAGUUUAUCCAGGCUGAGGAGUGGAAGAGAGAGCUGGAGAUCUUGCGCCAUGAGAUGCUGGACGAGAAUCCGGACAUAAACGCCAUCAAGUCUACCAGGGAGAAGAUCAAGGCUGUGUAUCCUGAACUGGAUAACGGGAAUCUCGCAAAUACCACGAUGGAAGGGCUGCUUGGCCAUCCGCGCAUCGCGAACCUGCUGGGAUCCUCGCUCUUGAUCGAGGAAGACGACCCUCGGAUCUUUGCGGGCAAGCUCAAGCCCUACAUUGACAGCAAGAGCCGAACAGCUCGAGAGGACGCAGGUCUCUGGCCGCUUAUCAAGACAGUCCGUCUGUACGUCAAAGCCCAGGCGCUAGCAACCGGCGCGGUCCUGGUGGAUCUUCCUGGCCUGUAUGACUCAAACGCUGCUCGUGUCGCUGUCGCAGACGACUAUCUGAAGCGCUGUGCCGCCCACUGGAUCGUGGCGCCCAUCAACAGAGCUGUGGAUGAUAAGAUCGCCCAGUCGUUGGUCAGCAAGCAUCUCAAGUCGCAGAUGAUCUUUGAUUGCAUAUGCGAUAGUUUAACUUUCAUCUGUACGAAGACCGAUGAUAUUUCUGUCACUGAAGUCCAAAUGUCUCUGGGGCUCCAAAGCCCGUCAUUUGAACGAGAGGAAAGAGCGAAGCAUGAUUUGUCGACCGAGGUGCAAAUGCUCGACGAGGAAAAGGCGAGAGUCGAGGGGCUAUUAAAUGAGACUCAAGAUCACAUCGACAGACUGGAAGAUGAUUCGACAAACUAUCCACAGCCAUCUCCCCUCAAGAGAAGAUGGAAAAGCGAUGCGGAAAGCAUUUUCACUGAAUUCCCGAUUAGUCAAGUUUCCGCGUGUGCAGCAAUCAAGCUUGAGAGUUCUGAAGCCGCUCAAACCUCAACCCUAGCCUCAAAAGAGGAGAUCCUUCGUGAACACAAGGCACGAAAAUCGGAACUUCGCAAACGACGCAACUUCCUCAUUCAACAGAGAAAAGUCAAGGGAGAACAGUUGGAGAGACUCACAGCUGAGCUGACCCAGAAACACGUGAGCAAUAUCCAAACUUCCAUCCGGGAACGCAACAAUUAUUCCAAGAAAGAGAUCACCAGGCACUUUCAGCACUUGAAUCGCGAAAAUGACAACAGGAUCCUGCAUGGCAAGAUUGAACGCGAGGGGGAGCUUCCUGUUUUUUGUGUCUCAACCAAGGCAUAUCAGAAGCUCCAAGGUCGGCUUCAGAAGAACGAGCCCGAAGCGGCCGGGUUCACCGAGUUGGCACAAACUGAGAUACCCCAAUUGCAAGCUCACUGCAUCCGUUUGACGGAAGGUCCACGAGGGGCGUCAAGUAAGCUCUUCCUAAUCGAGUUGAAGAAAUUAUUGCAGUCAAUGUUGCUUUGGUCCUCGGCGACCGGUUCAGCUCAUGUCCUGUCGGAUGCAAAGAAGCAGGAGUUGGAGGCUGGAUAUAAAGAAGCGGGAAUGCAAGAAUUGCAAGAUCAACUCUUUGCUAGCCUGCGCACGACUUUUGCAGAAAACGUAUUGCAGAAAUUGGAAAACGCUUGUCAGCAUGGCAGUCAGGGAUUCCGAGAAGUAGUCGCGGAUUGGAAUGAAGAUGUGCAUUGGAGCACCUACCGAGCGAUAUGCCGUCGCAGCGGGGUCUGGAAAGGCUAUAAUUGGAACAGCGAGGUGGCCUACCCCAUGCUGGAAUAUAUCCGCUCCUACUGGAUCAGGACGUUCAACGAAGAGAUCCCAUUGCAUCUCCAGAUCUUUUCCCAGAAUACCGGAACAUGCCUUGACAUCUUCCACAAGAACAUGAUCUCAUCUGCAGAUGAGAGUAGCGUGCAACAGAACAAUACAGAGCUGCAGAAAACCCUAGGCACGGCCGCCAACUCCUUGAGACACCAGGUCAAAGAGACCGAGGCGUCCCUCAGGAUCCAACAGAAGACUGCGAACCGAUUGUUCGUCGGAGUGAUUGCAGCAGAGCUUGAAGGGACAUUUUGGCGGUGCGCAAACGAGGCCGGGACUGGAAUGCUCAAGCGGAUGCAAGCUCUCAUGGAACGUGAAGCCGAAGUGAAUGGGGCACAAAUCUUAGAAAAGAGUGCCCAACGAGUGUCUGAAGAGCUGUCCAACAUAUUGAAACAGACCGAGGGCAAAAUCACUCGUAUAGUCCGCGCAACCGUGAGAGAGCUGGCGCGCGACUACCACACAGCGAUUAUUGCAUCACAGAUCUCCGAGCAAGAGAUGCAACUAAAAUUAGAAGUGGCUGAAGCCAUUCGCAAAGCAGAGCAGCAUCUCAAAUUGGACCAACUUAAUCUCAGUGCUGAGGAUGGUGUCGCAGCAACUUCGAACGCCUCUCCGGCGGCGGUGGAGACGGGACCAUAA